UGACUUCACUGCCAUCGCCCUUUGACACCGCCGACGGCGUCUAUGACGUCGCCUAGUCCGAAUCUCACGACUCCCUCCUCAUCGCCUUCAUCAAGCCCUCCCGCCGACCUCCAACCUCCUCCGCUCCCUACUGCGUCUACUUCGCCGUCUUUGGUGUGAAGAGCUCGGAAGCUCGUUCCGGUCGUCAAUGGAGGCCUUCGAGACCUCCAGCGGUACAACCUUGAGGAAUGCUUUCGAUAAUGUCCUUUCCUUCUUCAUCCUCAUCCUGAACGUAAAGCCACCGAGCACAGCCUCAAUCAGAUUCAGUAUAUACCGCAGCAUUUGGUGAGACUGUUGCAAAUUAUUGUGGACGGUAACUGCGACAUGGGUGUACGUCAGGUUGCCAGCAUCCAUUUCAAGAACUUCAUUGGAAAGAACUGGUUACCUCAUGAGCCGGAUGAGCAGAAUAAGAUAUCACAAGCUGACAAAGACGUGGUUAGAGAGCACGUUCUUGUCUUUGUUACACAGGUUCCCCCAUUGUUAAGGGUACAACUGGGUGAGUGCCUAAAGACAAUUAUUUAUGUCGAUUACCCUGAGCGGUGGCCACGGCUUUUAGACUGGGUGAAGCACAACUUGCAAGACCAACAAGUUCAUGGAGCUUUGUUAGUUUUGCAGAUUCUUUCUAGAAAAUACGAGUAAGUGUAUCAUAAUCUACUAUUCUUAUGAAGUGAUUCUUAUAUAUGGCUAUUGCUUGGAGUUGCACGGCCUUCUAAAAGAAACUACAAGUUUAGCUAGUAGUUUUCCAUCUGAGGCAUACUGUGUGCUUAAUGUGUAUUUGAUCACAAGAUUGUUAUAGCAAUUAAUGAUAAAUUAUGUUCUCUUAUCUAGUGGGGAUCACAAGAUUCCUCGGGUUUCGGUAAUGUAUAGGUUCUGUUGAUUUUUUUAAUUUUCUUUCUGUUGUGGCAACAUUUGGUUCCCAGGUCUGGUGUGUCUUAUUUAUAUGAUGAAAUGUCAAACUUGGAAGACUUUAAUGUUGGGCUUGGUGGGUUUUACUAGUUUUACAUGUAAAACAAAAAAGGAAAAUUAUGGUUCUUCCAUGUAGCAUUUGAAUUUGUUGCUAAUAAUAUGAAGUUCUGUUUCUUCAUCUAUCUGCUGAUUUGAUUUCGAAUUUGAACCUAUCUGCUCAAUGGCCAUGAAUGUGGGAGCCAAUCACAAAGCUGUGCAUCAUGAAGAUGGCAAAAAGAUAACCAGGUUUGGAUAUGAUAUUAUACGUUGAGAUCUCUCUUUUGCAUUCCUAACAAAUCCAGUCUUUCACAUUUAUUUGUAAUGCUUCUAACUGAUGCGCUAUUUUAAAAGAGGGACUGACCUGGAGAGUAUGACCAUAGUUCAACGUGAUGCUUUACUGGUUUUCCGAACCCUGUGGUUUGUGUUUUUGUACUCCUCACUCAUAUUGGUCUCGAGGGGAUUUCUUCUCACCUUUAGGAAAUUACUUUAUUCCUCAUCUAAAUUUUCCUUGAGAAGAUAUCUCCUUAUCCAGAUUUUCCUUGAGAAGAUUACUCCUCACUCAUAUUGGUCUCGAGGGGAUUUAUUCUCACCUUUAGGAAAUUACUUUAUUCCUCACCUAAAUUUUCCUUAAGGAGAUAUCUCCUUAUCCAGAUUUUCCUUGAGAAGAUUACUCCUCACUCAUAUUGGUCUCGAGGGGAUUUCUUCUCACCUUUAGGAAAUUACUUUAUUCCUCACCCAAAAUUUCCUUGAGGAGAUAUCUCCUUAUCCAGAUUUCCCUUGAGAAGAUUACUCCUCACUCAUAUUGGUCUUGAGGGGAUUUCUUCUCACACAUAUUCACACUCUGAGAAAUUACUUUACUCCUCACCCAAAUUUUCUUUGAGGAGAUAUCUCCUCACCCAUAACAUUUGAAAGACCGAUGAACAUAACCAUAACAUUUAAAUAUAUUGAUCACUAGACUACCUCCCAUGAUUACUGUGAAUGAACUACUGAUGGUGAUUAUAUUUUCUCUU